UGUUGUAAGGGUUGUUGGCUUAAUAUAGUCCCAUAGAACGGCCACACUUAUUUUCAGUAGCAAAGAACAUAGUUUUUUAAGUUUGCCUGAAACUCUAAGAAUUUGUAAGAGUGAAAGAACGCUGGCAUAAAUAAUUGGCGACGAACAUCGGCCUAUUGCAUCGCGUAGCGUGCAAUAUUGAUUUCCGCGAGGAAAUUUCAAAGCCGCUCCGACAAAAAGACCCCCAAACCAACGCACACACGCACACCUACGGAAAACAAAUUUUCCGAAGGUAAUUAUUUUGAAUCGGACGGAGAUAGCGACCAAUUGCCAUGGCAGAACGCGAGCGCAGCAUUCAUGAGAUGCUGAAAGACGCGCCCUCACUAAACGACAGUUGCGGGCCAGUCCACACGGGAACCGAAGGUGGGAGCAUGGUCAUCGGGAGCGCCAGUAGCCACAGUAUUGCGGGAGGAGCCGGUAUAAUGGGUGUUGGAGGCGGUCCCUUCAUCCCACCCAACAGUUUGCCUUUAAGGAACCAUUCAGCACCCACCACACCGAUGUCGCCCAUAAGUCCAUCACCAUCUGGAAAUGGUAUACUUAGUCCUACGGACAGCGGUAGCCUCAUUCGCACAAGCGCCUCCAAGAUCGACAGUAUUAAAAACUGGAGUAUAUCCACGUACAAGUGCACCCGACAAAUAAUGCUUGAGAAGCUAGGAAAGUCACAGCGCACCGUUGACUCUGAGCUGGAGGCGCAAAUCGAACAGCUGCGCGAGACGCAGCGCAAAUAUCUGUCCAUUCUGCGACUAACGCGAGCAUUCAGCUCCCACUUUCAACACGUGGUCGUCACCCAGCACGCGCUGGCAGAUUCUUUUGCGGAUCUGGCACAAAAGAAUCCAGAGCUGCAAAAGGAGUUCACCUGCAACUCGGAGACGCAGCGAAACCUGACCAAGAACGGCGAGCUGCUCCUCAAUGCGCUUAAUUUCUUCAUUUCGUCGGUGAAUACACUAUGCAAUAAGACAAUCGAUGACACCCUGCUGACGAUACGACAGUACGAAACAGCAAGAAUCGAAUUUGAUGCCUACCGCAUGGACUUGGAGAAUGCUAAGCCCGAGCUGACGCCCUCGGCUGCCGCUUUGGAGGACACCCAACGAAGUUAUGCGCAGCAUAAAGACCAGUAUGAGAAACUGCGCUCAGACGUGGCCAUUAAAAUGCAAUUUUUAGAUGAGAAUCGCAUCAAAGUGAUGCACAAGCAACUGAUUCUGCUACACAAUGCUAUUGCUGCCUAUUUCUCUGGAAAUGCCAUGGCUCUGGAAAGCACCUUGAAGCAGUUCAACAUCAAGCUUAAGUCGCCGAAUACCAGUAGCGGAUCCUGGCUGGAACAGUAGUGUCCGCCUUUAGCACUCGAGUUUCAGACGGCAUUUAUGCGCAUUAAACAGGAAGAACUCACUUCCCAAUACCACUUGCUGAACGAGCACGCUCUCUAAAACAAUUCGAAUCAGAGAAAAUCCAAGCCCAAUUGUAUAUCCAAUCCAUUGGGCGAAUCGUAAUCACAUUUACGUGCUAAGUUUAAGUCUAAUUCCUAACUCGUAAGCAGAAAGUGGUAACUGUUUAUUAUUUAUGUAUGCCUGUUUUGAAAUAAUUUUCUCACCCUAUAUGUCAUGUAAUGUAUUGUAUUACUCACAUUUCCAGCCACAGUUCCUUUUAUUUAUGUUUCUAAAUUGUAAUGUGUGUUAGAGAACUAAAUGCGCUCAGCUUUUAAAACAACAACCAUAAAGUUCUAAGUGCAAUUUAUGUAUUAACGAGGAUUUCAAUUCUAGAUAUUGUAAAAUAUAAAUUAUUUGUAAUUCACCCCAAACGAAAUCCAUAAUUGAAUUGUUUCGCCGAGCUUGAAUAAUUUCAUUGUUUACUAGUCAACGUAUUAUUUACACUAAAACGAAGUCUAUAUAUAAAAAUAUAUAAAUAAAACUAUUUAAUUACACCAAAGAA